AUGGUUAAAGAGGUUUCAAAUAAGUUUCUUGGGCUUUAAAUUAAAUUUCACCUAGUGACAGCAAAAGCUAACAAUCAUUUUAAAUAGCAAUUAAUCAAGCUAAUUAAAACUAAUCCUUGUAAAUAACUGUAUUUUUACCGAUGGUUUAAUAGGAUAUUUAGUUAUCUUUUUAAGUUUCAUGGACACUUUGGAUAGGCCAAAGCGGUAUAUAAAAUAUCAACAUUUUCAUUCAAAAAAAAAAAUUCUUAACCGCCAGCCAUACGUUUAUGUCUUCUCCACCGUACUAUAUAAAUUAAGAUGUAGGUAUCUUGUUUAGUGUUAACUCUUAAAUUUGUGAUGAGUAGGGGACAAUUUUAAGAAUUUAAUAACCUUUAAAUAUUGAUAUUUAAAACGAUCAAUUAGGCAUAAAUUUAAUCAAACAAAGCUUUGAUGAAAAUUAGAUAUUAGUUACAAUUAAAGCUUAUUCUAUGA